AUGAAGCAAAGCUGGAACUUUACCAACGAUUCUCUUCAAACGACGCUUUGCCUUCAAUGGGAGCCCGAAAUUAUCGCGAUCUCAAUGAUCUUCUUAUCAGCAAAGUUGGCAAAGAUUGAAGUUCUCGCAGCGUCAACGAAAUGGUGGGAAAAGUUCAUUCCAGAUCUGAGCAUGGAACUGAUCGAGUCAGUUUGCCAUUCUGUGCUCGAUAUUUAUCAGAGCUCAAAGAUGAAGAAGAGUAAAACACCCAAGCGUAAAGAUGUUGUUCAUACUGAAGGAACGCCUGAAAAACGACUGAAAGCGGAUACUGUCGACCAAGGAAUGCUUAAGCAGCUCAUUCUUCAAAAUCUGGACGCUGGAAAGCUUUCUGAACUCGUUCGAGCACAAGCAGAAAACGCAGCGAACAAUCAGCAACAACAAAAUCAAGCUUCCGAAACGCCCACACCUCGCAUAUCCUCACAGCCACCUCACGAUCACCGACCACAGCCGAUGAGCGCUUCUGUUCCAACAACUCCCAUUCAAGCUCAUGGACAGCGGCCACCGUUCCAGCAAAAUCUCAAUACAAAUCAAUUUCAUACACCACAACCUCAAAGGGGAGGACAUCAGGAGUUUUCCGGUGCUUGGAGACCUUCUACUCCUCAAAAUAUGAAUCAGGGAGGACCUCAUGGAGGAUAUGGAAUGCAAGGCGUGCAACGACCCCCAGUUCCAAUGCAGCAUCAGGGAUACGGUGGAGGCCCAGCGCAACAUGGCGGCUGGGAUAACACUAGAAACCAACAACAGAUGAAUGGAACUCCUUCUGGCCCACGCGGAGGCAGGCGCGGCUACGGGCCUUCUGAACGAGGUAUGGCAGCUUGCUACGAUUACUUUUACAUCGUUGGCCCUUCGCCGGAAACGAAUAGUCCUCGAAUUCUUGCUCACGUGCCUAGAUCGGUUCCGGGAAACACAUGGGACAAUGAGGCACAUCUUGCGGUGUUAUCACUCCCGCUCGGCUGCAGAGAGUUGAAGGAAAACUCGACUCGAUCAUGUCAUUCGUUUAUCUGGAAAAAGGAAGAUGGAUCAUCUUCUUGGGUGCACGCAAUGGAAUUUUGGAACCCUUCUGGAGGCCUAAGCCACGCGCUUGCGCUAAUUUCAAAACGAGCGUUGAUUCUUUGCUCUCAUAAAAUUCUUAAUCUCAUCUACGAUCUUGUCUUUAUAUCCGGCUUGCCCUUGGACUCGCUGCAGCAGCUAUUGAACAAUGUCUUUGCUCUGAAAGAAUCGUCCAGUAUCACCUCGUUCCAAGUCAAUUGCAUCGACAGUAUCGUCAUCCCGCCUCGUUAUUCCUCCUCAAUCUCGCUUUAUAAAACUUUCGAAAAAGUCCCAAUUGUCAAAAUUGUGAAAAUCAUUUGCUCGUUGCUGCUCGAACGACAAGUCGUCAUCAUCUCAUCCAACAUGGAAGAACUCGCUUUACUGACAGAGUCGUUAAAAUUCCUCCUCUUUCCUUUCCCUAUGCCAGACACCUACAUCCCCUUGCUACCUUGCAUUGCCGGAGCAGAGAGCUAUCUUGAGGCGCCGAUUCCGUAUAUCAUGGGAAUUUAUACUCAGUCCAUGACACCUGGUUUCUUGGCAAACUUGCUGCUCGAAUCGAGCGGUCGAACAGUUUUUGAUAUGGAUGAUGGAACCCUGAUCGUUGACGAAACUCUUCCUAAAUUUCCCUUAGAAGACCAAGUCAUCGAUCUCGCCAGAAGCCGGUUCAACGAAAUCAACAAAAAAGAACUUGAGCGAUUGAAAAAGCGCGAGAAUAGCUUCUCUUUGCAUGGAAAAUCCAUUCCUGAAGACAAUGACGACUUGCUAGAUGAAAUUCACAAUGAAGCUCUUUCGUUGCCCUUCAAAGUCGCCUUCGCAUUCAUGUUUGCUGGUUUCGAAAACUUUGUUAUCAAUUCCAACGAAUCGUCGGACAUAAUUCGAUCUCGUGAGACUUCAAGUCUUUUUGACAAAGUAGCAUUCUUAUCCGAGCAGCCGGAAAGUCACAUGGCGUUCUUGUCAAAUUUCCUCGAGAGUCAACCGUUUGCUGAAUUCAUGAAAGAAAAAAUCCGUCUUGCGGAGCUUUGCAGGGAAAGUAGUCUUCCGAGCACGAUGCAUCACGUGGUCAAGUUCGAGCAGAUGAUCUAUCGAUUCCAGAGUUUUCACUCGACUCUGGAUGGCAGUGAAGAGCUUCCCCUUUCAUCUCUUAUUGCUCAGGAACCAUUGUUCAAGCCAAAAGUGAAGAAGGAAAAAGUGGAAAUUGAAAUCAAUGACACACCAUCAACGGAAUUUCCAUCUCUGUAUUCCGCCGAAUUGUUUCAUCUUCUAAGCAUCAAUGAUAAGCUUGUACCUGACGACGGAUUAACUCCAACGCCCGGUACAAUGCCGUUUACUGGACCGGACGAUAUGUUUUCAAAAGCCGAUCCUGGGACGAAUAGCGUUGAUGAAAGCUCUGUAAAUCCCGAAAUCAUGUUUCAAGAAAACGUCAAAUUCAUCGAACGGGUCGUUUCAGACGUGAACAAGCUGAUUAAACGCAUCCUUCUCGGCCGCUUGGGACGAGAAACCGCGUCCGAGUGGGGCCAUGAAGUCAAGUACUGCCACCAAACCGAAGAAAAUGUCCAAAUCGGGCAACUUUGUGAUCUGCUCGAGCGUAUUUUCAGACAUGGAAGCAAGUCAAAACGCUCUCAAUCUGCUCUCUGGAGUUUUCUCCUUAGUUUCAGAGAAUAUGCGCCUCCAGAAACUCCUCAAAUAAUAACCGCUGAGGAUAACCAGCAAGGUGUGUUUCGUUCAUUCGCGAAGAAAAUCGCCGGUCUGGAGUACACUAGAGAUAUCAAACCAGUUGUUCGGUCGCCUGUUGCUGAUAUGAAUACGGUUCUAAAAAUGACAGGAAUUCAAUCUGAUCGAGGUCGAGUUCGAGCAUGGAUACGACUUGCAGUUGAAAAGCGUCUUCUUUCUCAUCAUUUGAGUUGUAUAACUUCAAAUCCUGUGAUCGUCAAUGAACACUACAAAUCGUACGGACUGAUACAAUGCAGGGAUAAAUGGGAAGAAUGCUUGAAUUAUUUUCUGACGCUUGGAAAGACACAGGAUGUCGAAUUUAAUUGUUUUACCGAUGGUUUUCCCGGAGCAACGAUAAAAUACCGCAUUUGGAUAUUUCCCGGAGAAAGUCUUAUCGGUAUCUCCGAAACUACUGCGAACAUUUAUGUGAAACUCGUUGGCGAAAAGGAUGAAACUCCUCGAAUACCGAUUCAUAACAAAACUACCCUAGAAGUGGAAUUUGAAUGCAAUAACUUGGGACGCCUGGUUGUUCUCGCAAUUGGACACGAUAACUCGGGGAUGUUCCCUGCUUGGAAGGUGAAAAAAGUGCUAGUUCGGAACGAGGUAACUGGAGCUUUUUGGAACUUUCCAUGCGGCAAACCGAUUGGAAAAUCAGUUGGCGAUGGAGCUCUUGAGCGAAUUCUUACUGCAGAAAGGUUGGGAUUGACGAUGUCGAAAGAGCGUAGAGUCGUCUCGAUUUCUACAAGGCAAACAACACAAGGCGCCCGCUCCAAAGAAAAGUCUAGAGACGACCUUCAGAAGAACUUUCAUCUGACCGUAAACAAAAUACAAGUCCUCAUGAACAUGGAACGCCCCCAAGCCCAAGCGAUCAAUGGUCUACUUUGUGGUGAAAAUGGACUCGUUGAAAAUUUUUCGGACAUCUUUGUUCACGAAAUGAAAACAAGUCGACUGAGAACGAACUUUGCUUGGGAUGCGAUUUACCACACAGCGCAGCAGAUCAUUGCGGAGCCGAUUCACUCCGGAGAUCCUGAAAUCCGCUCUAAAUUCCUGGACGUAUUCAAUGAAGUUCAAAAUAAAUGCUCUGACGGAGGAAAAGAGGGCAAAUUUCAGACAUUUGUAUGCGUCGUUUUGAGAGACAAAGUGAUGUCACAGUUUAUGAAGAUUGUUAGAGAUUGCUGCAACGAACUUUACUCAUCGUCAGCUUUUCUUUACGAGCAAUCAACUGUGAUUUUCCUUGAAGAAAUGCUCUCUUAUCUAGCCACAGUGAAAGUUCUUGCUGUUGAUGACUCGUUAACAAAGGGAAUCGAGAAAGUUGAGCUGAAAACACCCGACCUGACAACUUAUGAAAGUCCGAUACCGCUAGAGCAUAUGCCAGAAUCUUCCGUUUGA